CGUCGGCAGGGUACAGCCGCGAUCCCCGCUACAGGGAUGGGAAAGAAAACUCGCCCCGGAACAGGAGGACGUAGAACAAUACUUCAGCUCUCACCGCCUGGCCUUCGUAGUGGGACUGUCGGAGGUACUAGAGGAGAAGCUUUAGGUUCAGGAUCAGACGAGGAGCAAGAGGCUAAUUGUGAUGGGCAUAAAUUAAUAGGAGAAGAAACUACAAAUAUGAGGACCCCCGCAGUGAAGGCCACAGAGGGCUUGUCCCUCCUAGGUGCCUAUGAGGACAGUGAUGAUGAGGACACUGAUUAUCAACCCACAAUUGGGAGAUCUCAACACAACCAGUCAACGGACAUUGACAGCACGCUUGCUAACUUUAUGGCUGAAAUCGAUGCCAUCACCACACAGCCAGGUUCAGAGGAACCUUCUGCAGACCCACAGGCCCCAGCUCCUACCCCUCCACGGCCUGAGCCCAAGGCCCAGCAGCCUGGCACAGACAGUGCAGCAGAGCAGAACAGUACUGGGGCUGAGUUUCAGUAUAACACUCAGUGUUCAUUAGCUGGAGUUGGGGUUGAUAUGGGGGACUGGCAGGAGGUCUGGGAUGAGAAUACUGGUUGCUACUACUACUGGAACACUUUGACCAAUGAGGUUGCCUGGGAGCUACCUCACUACCUUGCUGACCAGGUGCAGGGCCUCCAGCACUAUGCAGACAGCACAACUGUCAAUGGGAAUGGUACAUCCCAGUCUGCAGGGUAUUACUCUGAGCAAAACACAUCCACCAUCAGUGUCCUGCCAUCCAAAAGGGAGACAAAGAAGAAGGAGGUGAUGGAGAGUGUUGUGGCACUGACUAGCAAAGAAGAAGAGCAUCGUGGUGUGGCUGCAACCCUGCUUGCUCCUCUCAUCCCUUCUGAGGUGAAGGAGGAGGAGGAUAUUUGGAGAAAGAGGUUGUUGGGGGGGCUAGAUGACAAGGAGAACAGCCUGGAGUCUGACGGAGAGCGGGUAUGCCACCCAGGGUCCCCUGCUGCCCCCCUCCGUGACCUGGACACCCCCUUUAGCCUCAGUCAAAGAGAACAGCGCAGCGGGAAUCAAUCACAGGACAACUCUGAUGCAGAGGAGGAGGAGCCUGAGGAAGAUACCAUGGAACUGGAGCUGGCUUUGGAGAGGAAGAAGGCUGAGCUGCGUGCGCUGGAGGAGGGGGACGGCAGUGGAGGGGGGUCAAGCCCGUGUUCGGAGACCAGUCAAGAGCCCUCUGGCCCCCGUUGCCUACUCCAGAAGAAAGCUCGGUGGAAGACGUCCUUCCUGCGCACAGCUAGCCCCGAAUCAAACAGCAGGGAGUCGGACACACAGGACAAACCUGAGACAACACAUUCCAAAGCCCUAGAGAAGGCCGGGGAGACAGAUGAACAGGAGGCAGCCAGGGGGGAGGAGGAAGCCGUGUCGAAGGCAACUCCUAAAGAGGAGGUGGAAACUCCUGAGCUCAAGUUUCAGAUUGGAGAACUAGCCAACACUUUAACCAGCAAGAUGGAGUUCUUGGGCAUCAACAGGAAGGCCAUCUCCAACUUUCAACUGCUUCUGUUACAGACUGAGAUGCGGAUCGCCGACUGGCGUGAAGGAGCUCUGAACGGGAUCUAUCUCCGUCGCAGGCUGCAGGAAGCCGCCGAGCACAUAAAACAUUACGAACUUAACGCCGCCCCUAAAGGCUGGUCCUGCCACUGGGACAGGGAGCACAGGCGCUACUUUUACGUGAAUGACCGCACCAGCACCUCCCAGUGGGACUUCCCAAACAAGGAGACAGAGGAGGAGGACCAGAAAGGCAGCCAGACCCCACAGCCCAGGGCUACCAGUGACGGGGAGCCAGCGCCCCCAGCCGUCGCACCGUCGGGUGGGAUAGCAGGUUCCUCCACCUUAGCCCCCAUGCCCCCCCCUGAGCCUGUCCUCUGGUCUGCACCUCAACCCCCCCUUCCCCCUGACCAGCCCCCUCCCCCUUCAGACUACCCCCCACCACCGCCUCCUCCCCCUGAGUCGCCUCCCCCACCUCCCCCUCCUCCAGACAGUGACGAUGGCGAGAUCAUGGAGGUAGAGAUGGAGGAUGAAGAGGGAGAGCCCCCAGCACCGGGAACAGAGGAGGAUGGCAGUCUAAGGCCUCCCUUACCCCCUGGCUCUUCCAGCACCAAGAAUGUUGAGUCCUCAGUUUCCUUGGGUAAGGGUCAUAAACGCAAGGCUGCUGGAGCUGGGCAAUCUUCCAAGGCAGUAACCAUAGGCAGUAGCCCAAUCCUAUACACCCAAACUGCCAGUGCAGCCCCUGUAAUGUGUGGAAGUGCAUACUGGGGUGUGCCUGUAGUGGCUGCCCCUUCCCUGCCGGCUGAAACUCUUGCACCGCCUCUCCCUCCACCCCCUACUCAGCCCCCAUUGCCCACCUCCCAGCCUCCCUCAGACCCCCCUGGAGCCAAAAUGGUGCCCACAGACAAGACCAAGAAGCUAAAGAAGGAUAAGUCGUCGAAGAAGAGUAAGACCAAGAUGCCAUCGCUGGUGCAGAAGUGGCAGAGCAUCCAGAAGGAGUUGGACGAGGAGGAGAAGAGCAGCUCCAGUGAUGAGGACAGAGAUCAGUUGAACAAGAGGGGCAUUGAGGAAUGGAAGCAGCAGCAGCUCGUCACAGGGAAAGCUGGGAGGAAUGCUAACUUUGAGGCGCUUCCAGAAGACUGGAGGGAAAGAAUGCUGAAGAAGAGGAAAAUGAUGAAGAGCAAAUAAUGUCUUUAUACACGCACGCACACACACGCACACGCACACACACACCUGACUCCUUAAAAUGUUGCCAUCCCCAUUUCAUACAAUGGACAAUGAUCAGUGGGCAACUAGAAUAGGGGACUUUAGACUCUUAUCGUGUUUUCUGCAGCAAAUUCAUUGGAUUAGUUCGAAUGAUCUUGUAAACACUUAUUGACUAGCAAACCCACUCUUUUAUGAGGUUCCUGUACCUACCAAACCUUUAUCCACCACCCUGAACCUAAUAUGUACCCUCUCUGCCAACAGUUUAAUAAUUAGACGGGUUCGAAAUAGGGAGGUCUAUCGAAAGCUAGAUAGCAAAUCUGUACCUCCCAUACAUUUUCAAAAUACAAGGUGACAUUUUCUUAUUAACUUUUAACAUUGCUGUAAGACCUGUGCUUUACAGAAGUAGGACCUUUCAUUGAGUGCAGAAGAUGAUAUCUGUGUUUCCAUUACCCUUAUGUGAUUGCAUUGCAUAUCCUAUUUUGUUCUCAGUAAAGUAUAGAUGUUGUAGAAGUCCAUUUGAUUUGGUUAAAAACCAGUGGUGGGACCCUAUCAUUGCUUUGCUUUUCUCAACAUUUUAAUACUCUACUGAAGACAGGUGAACUGACCAAGAUAUCUGUUAAACAAUUGGUUAUUUUGUCUGCCAUUUUCUUUAGUGCAGUUUAUUUUAUGUGAUGUUCUCUUCUCCAGUUGCAUGAUAAGGCGUCCCCAAUACUGAUGUGCCAAUGGCUUUAACAUUAAUCUGUGCUGGUCAUUUUGUAAUUUGUCAACAAUCACAUAAUCAACAACAGAGACUUGGUUUUGUGUAGAGGGAUGGUCCAUUUUCUGAUGUCUGUUUAGCUGCUUUGUACAGCUGGAAGUCUUAGUACAAUGUGUGAUCCUGGUGUUCAUUAUGUGUUUGGGAGGGAAGGGAAUGACGACUUCAUUGUAUAUUUUGUAAAAAAGUAAAACUUUUUGAACUUGA